AUGUUGACCGACAUGAGCCCGUCCGCCGGUGCCCAGUUCUACGGUGCCCAGCUCCCGGCCAUGGGUAUGAACAUCACCAACAUCACCACGCACAUGGCACAGAAACCAACGGAUCACCCGGGGCUGCGCGGGACGCCGCUCGCGAUGCUGGCGGCGCAGUGCAACAAACUGUCGAGCAAAUCACCGCCGCCGCUGGCCGAUGCCGCCGUCGGCAAGGGGUUCCACCCGUGGAAGAAGAGCCCCACGCUCGCGGUCGGGCCGCACUCGCCCUCGCAGAACGCCACCGCCCAGCAGUCGAUGGGCGGAGGAGGAGGCGGUGGAGGAGGUGGCGGAGGCGGUAACCUUGGAGGGGGAGGCGGAAACCCGGGCGCCGCCGGAGUCCUGCAGUCGUCGCUCGGGCGGCUCUCGUCGUCCGGCAGCUCGUCCACGAUCAGCCCGAUGGCGAACCUCACCACCAGCGAUUUGUACUUUUCGGCCGGCGCAGGCUCCUCGCCGGGUGGCUGCGGUGCGGUGGAGAAUCCACACGCGGCCCUUGCGCUCGGAGCGGCGGCUGCGGCGGCGGCUGCAGCGGCGGCCGCAUCCGGCAAGCUCGGCGACGGCGGUGGCUCGGGCAACGGCGGUGGGCCGGGUGGCGGAGGCGGCGGCUCGUCAUCGUCGCCGUCGUCGUCGUCGGCCUCGUCGUCGCUGAGCGCGGCCGCCGCAGCCGCCCAGCUCGGGUCCGUGUACGGGCGCCACCCGUACGACUGGCACCCGUUCAACGCCGUCGGCAAGCCGGACGCGAACGGGGGCCUGGGGGGCGGGGCGGGCCCGGGCGCGGGGCCGACCGGCUGGUGGGACAUGCACGGGGCGGCCGGCAGCUGGCUCGACAUCGGCACGAGCGCGGCCGCCGGCAUGCACUACGCGGCCGCCGCCUCGGCCGCGGCCGCCUCGGCCGUCGGCGGCUCGUCGGCCGAGCACUACGCCUCCACGCUGACGCACGCGUCGCUCACCAACACCGCACACCUGCUCGGCUCCGGCCAGCAUCUGCUGCAGGACAGUUGCUACAAGAGCAUGCUGCAGCCGAGCGGCGCCCUCGGGGGCCAGUCGGCGGCCGGCGUCGGCGUCGGUGUCGGCGUCGGCGGCUUCGGACUGGGCCAUGGCGGCGUGUCGCCGGCACCGCCGCCGAGCGCACCGCAGGCACCCUCGCCGCGCAGCCAGCGGCGCUACUCCGGGCGGGCGACCUGCGACUGCCCGAACUGCCAGGAGGCGGAGCGGCUCGGGCCGGCCGGGGUCCACCUGCGCAAGAAGAACAUCCACAGCUGCCACAUCCCCGGCUGCGGGAAGGUGUACGGCAAGACGAGCCACCUGAAGGCGCACCUCCGCUGGCACACCGGCGAGCGGCCGUUCGUCUGCAACUGGCUGUUCUGCGGCAAGCGCUUCACGCGCUCGGACGAGCUGCAGCGGCAUCUGCGCACGCACACAGCCAAACACGUCAAAACCCACAACGGCGGCGGCGGCGGCGCUAGCGGCGGCGGUGGUGGCGGCGGCGGCGGCGGUGCUAGUGGUGCCGGUAGUGGUGCAGGUAGUGGUGGCGGUGCCAGUGGCGCUGGAGGUAGUGCCGGUAGCGGCGGCGGCGGCGGCAGUGCUGGCGGCAGCACCGCUGCUAGUGGUGCCAGCGGUAGUGCCGGCGGCGAAGGCGGCGGAUCUGCCGGCACCGGCACCGGAGCGGCCAGUAGUGGAGGUGGCAGUGGCACGGGCGGUAGCGGUGGCAGUGGUGGCGGCGGCGGCGGAACCGGCUCUGGGUCCGGGGCGUCGUCAGCCGCCGGCAAGAAAGCCGCCCAGAGCUCGGCGGCUGCGCAGGCCUCCAUGGACGCCCAGUGCAGCGACUCGGAGGAGAGCGAAGCAGUCGGCGCUGGUGGCGGUGGGGGCCCGGGUUCCGGCGCCGGGAUCGACCACCACCUGCACGGUGGGCCACUCGGCGCCCUCGGCGCCCUCGGUAUGGGCGGCAUGAGCGUUGCCAUGGGCGGCUGUCACUCGAUGGGCUCCCCGGGGCCUCUGUCGCAGCAUCAGCAGCAGCAACACCAGCAGCACCAACAGCAGCAACAGCAGAGCCAUCACCCGCACCCGCAUCCACAUCAUCCUCAUCAUCCGCAUCAUCCGCAUCAUCACCAUCAGCAACAACAGCAGCAACAGCAUCUCCACCAUCAUCAACAGCACCACUCGGCGCACACUCCGAGCCCCGGCCUGGAACACGUCGGCCAGCAGCAGCAGCAGCAGCUGGACGUGAAGCCCGGCAUCGUCUGAGGGCUGGUGGGGGCGCUGGAACACCCACCGUUCCUCGGCACCUGCGGCUACUACGCACCUUAGCCUCGGA